AAUGGACUCGUCCGUCGUUAGGCCUUUGCAGUGGGGAGUUGUUUGGCGGAUCCCGCAAGUUUUUCUUUACUUUACGUGUUAUUGUUGUUUCUCCGAGGAAGGCCAAACUCUUAAUUUUCAUCCACACUUGCCUCGUUGUACGUUGGGUCUAUCGACGAAGUUUAAAUAAAAAGUGUUUUGGGGCGUGGUACUCAACUAGAGAGCCGAAGAAGGAAGGAAGGCAUCGGUGACUCGGACUGACCACGGCUGAGCUUAUGAUGCCGACGUUGCGGGACAGCACCAUGUCCCACCCCGGCGAGAAUUCUCACCAAGUCCGGGUGAAAGCGUAUUAUAAAGGGGACAUCAUGAUCACUCAUUUUGAGCCAUCCAUCUCGUACGAGGGUCUGUACGGGGAGGUGAAGGACAUGUGCUCCAUGGACAAUGACCAACUCUUCACCAUGAAGUGGAUCGACGAGGAAGGUGACCCGUGCACCGUGUCGUCUCAGCUGGAGUUCGAAGAAGCCCUGCGUCUCUACGAACUCAACAAGGACUCGGAGCUCAUCAUCCACGUGUUCCCAUGUAUACCAGAGAAACCUGGCAUGCCGUGUCCUGGAGAGGACAAGUCUAUAUAUCGGCGUGGAGCGAGGCGCUGGAGGAAGCUCUACUAUGCCUGUGGGCACGCCUUUCAGGCCAAGCGCUUCAACAGGCGAGCCCACUGCGCCAUCUGCACAGACCGUAUCUGGGGUCUGGGAAGACAAGGCUACAAAUGCAUCAACUGCAAACUGCUGGUGCACAAGAAGUGUCAUAAACUGGUCACAGUGGAGUGUGGCAGGCAGAUGAUCCAGGAACCAAUCAUGCCCGGCGGGUCAUCGAGUCAAUUAGACCAAGGCGAACAGCCAGGGCCUCAGAAUAAAGACUCCAGAGAAAGCUUGACUUACGACGGUGAAGAGAAAGAGGCACGGAGCAGUAGAGACACGGGGAAAUCGCCCUCCAGCCUGGGCCUGGCAGACUUCGAUCUGCUCAGGGUGAUCGGCCGAGGCAGCUACGCCAAGGUGCUGUUGGUGCAGCUGAAGAAGACCGAGCGCAUCUACGCCAUGAAGGUCGUGAAGAAGGAGCUGGUCAACGACGACGAGGACAUCGACUGGGUCCAAACAGAAAAGCACGUUUUCGAGCAGGCCUCCAAUCACCCCUUCCUGGUCGGCCUCCAUUCCUGUUUCCAGACCGAAAGCCGACUGUUCUUUGUUAUUGAAUAUGUGAACGGUGGAGAUCUAAUGUUCCACAUGCAGAGACAAAGGAAACUCCCAGAAGAACACGCAAGAUUCUACUCCGCGGAGAUCAGUCUGGCGCUCAACUACCUCCACGAGCGGGGAAUCAUCUACAGAGAUCUGAAGCUGGACAACGUGCUGCUGGACUCUGAAGGACACAUCAAACUGACGGACUAUGGCAUGUGCAAGGAGGGCUUGAGACCUGGCGAUACAACGAGCACGUUCUGUGGUACACCUAAUUACAUCGCGCCCGAAAUACUUAGAGGAGAGGAUUAUGGGUUCAGCGUGGACUGGUGGGCUCUGGGUGUGCUGAUGUUUGAGAUGAUGGCGGGCCGGUCGCCCUUCGACAUUGUCGGGAGCUCUGACAACCCGGACCAGAACACAGAAGACUACCUCUUCCAAGUGAUAUUGGAAAAACAGAUCAGAAUCCCCCGCUCGUUGUCAGUCAAAGCCGCCAGCGUCCUCAAGGGCUUCCUCAACAAGGAUCCCAAGGAGCGUCUAGGCUGCCACCCUCAGACGGGCUUUGCCGACAUCAUGGGCCAUCCAUUCUUCCGAAACGUCGAUUGGGACCUCCUGGAGCAGAAACAAGUGGUUCCUCCUUUUAAGCCCAAUAUCUCUGGAGAAUUCGGAUUGGACAACUUUGACGCCCAGUUCACCAACGAGCCCAUCCAGCUCACGCCUGAUGAUGACGAUGUGGUCAAGAAGAUUGACCAGUCUGAGUUUGAAGGAUUCGAGUACAUCAACCCGCUUCUGAUGUCGGCGGAGGAGUGUGUGUGACGGGACCCGACAUCUGCUCGCGCACACAAAAACACACACACACACACACACACACGUGGCGUCCCAGUGUCUUCAAGCUGUAUGGAAAAGAGACAACCCGGGGACAUCAGCCUUCUGAUCGAGGGCCACACAUGCACAGUAGAACGCUUAUUUGCCAAAACCAGUCUCACACUCUGCCAUUUAUAACCACUUGCCCUUAAGCCCACCCACUUUUUUCAUUAUUUUUAUAUCAUGUAAAUCUGCACUGAUAUUGAUUUUGUCGUCGGGGCUUCUUUAUCUGUAGGCUACAAAGUUCUUCCGAGGUUGCUGUAUGUCGGGGGAUGAGGGCCUCGGCCGCUGGCAGAUGAACUGAACAUCCUUUCCUUUCAGCUGGUGGGGUGUUUUCACUGCAUAUUUUAUUUGUACAUAUAUGAAUCUUCUAUAAAUAUUAGAUAAGGUAUUUCCAGCUUCCAUUUCCACAACUUAAUCACCGUAAGGACAUCUUGGAUUCAGCUUUGUCACAACGCCCCAACUGUAGACAGAAGAAGAAUCAUGACACUAGCCUUAGAUAAAAAUCUAUAUAUUUUUCUCAUGUUUUAUUUAACAUCCUUAUAUAUGUUGUUCUAAUGUGUUGCAUGUCCAGCCAGAGUAAAAACCAAAAGGUUCAGGCUUUGUUGUUCAGAUGAAAAACACAACAACAUCUGUAAACCGGAAGGUGUCUGCGUCAAGUCCCUUCUCCCCAGAAUGAAGGAACGUGUACAGCAGCGUCCGACCAACACUAAUAAUGAGUCGAUACUCUCAAACUGUGAAUGAAAGAGUCCGCUGUGCAGGGAAACGGGCCGAGAGAGGAGCACAUCAUACCUGUACGCUGGAGCACAGGUUUCAUUUUACUGUCCAGACCAUCAACGAAACACAUUCACACAGGACCAAAAGAACAUUUUGCUGGUACGAAUAAGAAGGUACAGUAAACAUGAGAUGUGCUGUCCCAGGUCACAGAAUUUAUAUAUUCAAAUUUUGUUUUUGCUCAUUUUUAAUACUAUGCCUUUCUGAAACAAAUGGUCAUGUUUUUUUUUGUACUUUUCUCCAUUCCAUGCUUGUCUUGUUGAAACAAGAGCUUGGUCAGAAGCAACGACACAGUACCUACUGAAAACUGUGUCUGCUGCGCUUCUUUUUUAACGUGUACUGAAUUAGAUAUAUUGUUAAACUGAUUUAAAGCCUAUAAAAAGCAAUGUAGAGCUGUUCUCUACCCCCUGACUGUAACGACACUAAGUGAUGGGGAGGGAACCGCCACACACUGAAGCUUCCCACUACUUGGAAAAUGUUUUUAGCCUCACGUGGUGACCAGAGAACUCCUCCAUCUGUUACACACAUGUUACUUUAGCUUUUUUUGUCACUUUUUUUGUGAAUCAGAUUUAAUUUUGAAUACUUUUCUUUUUUUUUUAAUCACUAAAUUGAUUCCAAAAUGUUGUUGGGUGAAUCCAGUCGAGACACUAUUUGUUGUAUUUGUUGUGUUUCGGGGACGUUUACCACCCAGAGGACUCUGCUGACAUUAUUAUUGGUGUGCAAAGAAAAAAAAAACGGUAAAAUAAACAUUUUAUUUCUGUUCUCGUGGUAAUA